AUGGAGGGGCCUGAAAUGCUGACCCAGGGCGGUGGUCUGCUCCGUGGCUGUGGCGGCACUAUUCCGUCACAGCCAGGAGAUGGAACGGUUCGCAGGAGGCAGCAAGGGCUGCUCUCUCCUGCCACCACUGGGGCCGGUUUGGGAGGAGGAGACCUUCCGCUCCAGGCCAGACAGGAGCUCCAGAGAAUCCGGACUUGGGCCUCAGAGGAGUGGGUCAGGGGCCAGGUGGAGAUCCUCCAGUGCCAGGCAUCUCAGCACGAGAACGCCACUCACAAGUUCCAAUUUGAACGGGUCUUCCCUCCCUCCUGCUCCCAGGCCAAGGUCUUUGAGGAGAUUGCGCUGCUGGUGCAGGUGGAGCUACUCCAUGUGGAUGAGAAGCUGGCCGAGAAGACGGCCCAGUGCGAGGCCGUGGGGAAGAGCCUGCUCCAUUUAGAAAUGGAGUGCCGGCACCUCCACAACUCUGUGCAGGAGCUCAAGCUGGAUAUUCUCCAAUUGGAUGAGAAGAUAGAGGAGAAGAAGGCCCAAUGCAAGGCCGUGGGGGAGAGCCUGCUCCAUUUAGAAAUGGAGCGUCGGCACCUUCACAACGCCUUGCAGAAUCUCAAGGGUAACAUACAGGUUCUCUGCCGCGUGCGGCCGCUGCUGCCUUGGGAGGAGGAGGAGAACCGGAAGGGAACGAGCCACUUCCGGUUCUUUCCAGAAGAUCCAAAGAGACUUCUCCUUUCUAAGACAGAAGAGGUGGAGCUACUCCAUGUGGAUGAGAAGCUGGCCGAGAAGACGGCCCAGUGCGAGGCCGUGGGGAAGAGCCUGCUCCAUUUAGAAAUGGAGCGCCGGCACCUCCACAACUCUGUGCAGGAGCUGAAGGCGCAGGAGAAGAGGAUAGAAAGAGGCGGCGGAGGCGGAGGAUUCGGAGUCAGAAUGCGGUCGAAUCUUCACCUGGGAAAGAAAGCGCACCCCAGGAGCAGGGCAGAACCGGUGCUGGAUUCGGUCCAGAAUCAUGCUGGGGCCCCAACUGAGCAUCUGGAGCAAAGCCUGGAGUCCCAGAAGCAUCUCCUUCCUCUGUUGCAUGAAGCAAACAGAUACAUGAUCCUUCGUUAUCGGCAGUGGCUGGUCCUCCACCGAGGGAAGACUAGAUGGUUCUUCAGGCGGAGAGGAGGCAUGGCCACGGGUAGAGUCUGGGCUGGCAGCAUUUCCCAUUGGGGUUCUGUGUCGUCAUGUGACAGUGGACACUGUGUGCUGGCCACGACAGCCUGGCCGCAGCCAGAUUUUCCCUCGAGUCCCAUCUUCCUCCGACGGUUUUGUCGCCCGCAGUUCUUCCCAAAGAGUGGCCACCUCCGUCUCUGACUUUUGGAGGGCGCAUUUUAGCUGGGUGACCUCCUCUUUCAACAGCUGGGAUUUUGGAGGAGGAAGGAAAAAGAGAGGAAAGGGGUCAGACCUGUAAGGGGAUCCCAAGGUCAUCUAUUCCAGCCCCUUUUCCAGUCAAGUAUAAGGAAAUCUUGCCCUGGAAAUGAAAAUCUAUUCGAUUACACACUCAAAUGACAACCGCAGCAAAUCCAACUAAGGCAU